AUGUCAUACCUCCGUCAGCAAGCUCCAAAUCUGAUCCCCUACCAACAACUCCUUCCUCCCCCAACCCUCGAGGAGCACUUCUUCUACGCCACCAAUCUCUCCGAUGACGACGACGAUGAGAACAAGACCCAGCUCGCCAAGGAAGAAUCCCGCCUCAAGAAGGAGAUUAUCCGGGUUGUUCUUAGCGACAAGACCGAUUCCCUCAAGCCUAAUUCAGGUCAGACCGUCAUGAUCCGGGAGCACCACAUUUGCGUUGGGUUUCAUGAGGAAUUGCGUUCGGAGUAUCGGGUUUGGGAGUGGCAUGGGCAUAUCAUGCUCUUUGAUGAAGAGAACGGGUGCACCCCUAAGUAUAUAUAUGGGAAUUACUUUGAAGGGCUGAUUGGUAAGGCUUGUGGAAGUGGCGGCGGCAAAAGUGGUGGUGCUCGUGUAGAUGAGCCCAAGGAGGAAGAAGAGGAGGAUAAAGAGAAGGUGACCACUUUGGGGCUCACUAUCCUUAGGGACAGUGAAGGUGUGGCAGUAGGGAUUAGAGUGGAAUGUGGUGGAGGAGGAGGAUGA